GCUCACUCAGACUGUGGUGAGGAAAUGCCGGGGGUUGAGCUGCUCUUCCCCAUGAGCUGAGCCUCCAAGAGACAGUGAGGGGCAAACAUGUGAGCCCACCUGGCUGAGGGGACACAGAGUUCGUGGGCUGAUGCACCGAGACCCGGGGAGGUGUGCUGAGGCUGGCAAAGCCGGAAUAGGACUCGAAGCAACAGAGUGCCAGAUGGGCUCUGCACAAGGCAGGCAGAAGUGCAUCAGGAAGUGAGAAAGGAGAAGAGACAAACUGUAGCAUGCCAGAUGUAGGAUCAGCCGUAGCGCAAUAGGGGACAGCUGUGAUUUGGAUGAAGAGCCUGCCUGGUUCUGUUUUGAUCCAAGCUGCUUUGUAGGUUUGGUGCAUGGAUUGAGACCUCUGCAGUGGGAGCAAUCACCAACCAGCAAGCUGGCAUCCACGCUUGGCUCUUCUCCAGCAGUGAGCACUAAAGCUAAGAACUGAAUCUAGCAGGUGGUGAAUCAAAGAUGGGUACAUGGAAGUGAUUCUUCACCUGAGGCACAAGAAUUGUACUGACAGCUGGCAAUGAUUCUCCAUCUCCUUAGCACCUCAUAACCACUGGAAAGAAUUGCUGAACUAGAGGCAGAAGCAGACUCUACAUUACCAUCCCUGCCAGAUGACCACAGAUCCGCAAUCCAAAGCAGUGCCAGCCAAGAGAGACAUUGCCCAUCUACCUCCCAGCUGCAGAUGACUGGAAUGCCCUGCCCGUGGCUCCUUAGAGGGGAAUGACUUCUCUCGGUGCUCUUUGUGCCUCCUUAGCCCACAACAGGCUCAGCCAUCUCAGUGAGACCAUCCCCUGAUCCAUGCUGGGCAUGUCAGAGUCCAGUACAUCCAAUACAUCCAAUACGUCCAAUGCAUUGCAGACAUGCAAGGAUUACAGCUUCAACCACCACCUCCUCAUGCCUGGCUACACCCUGAUAUUCAUCACAGGCUUGAUACUGAAUGUGAUGGCCCUAUGGAUAUUCGUCCGAUACCUGCGCCUGAAGUCUGUAGUGAUGAUCUACAUGUUAAACCUGGCCAUAAGUGACCUCAGCUUCACACUCCCUCUGCCCCUGCGACUCUACUACUAUUCCAACCACCACUGGCCCUUUGGCAGCAUCCUGUGCCAGGUCUCUGGCUCAGUCUUCCAGAUCAACAUGUACGGUAGCUGCCUCUUCCUCAUGUGCAUCAACCUGGAUCGCUACAUUGCCAUUGUCCACCCACUUCGCUGGCGGCAUCUGCGGCGCCCCAAGGUGGCCAAGCUCCUCUGCCUGCUUGUCUGGGUUGUGAUCUUCAUGGGCUCCAUCCCCACAGCCAUAGUCCACAAGCAAAACCACUGUAAAGUACGGAACCAGACCAUUUAUCUGUGCUUUGAAAGCUUUAGCGACAACAUGUGGCAGAAUAACCUCUUCCCCCUGGUAAUCCUGGCUGAAAUCUUGGGGUUUCUCCUGCCUCUCAGCUCUGUGACAUACUGCUCGAUUCGGAUCUUUCAGGAGCUCUGCCAGCCCAGCCAGACAAAGACCCUGAGACAGCAGAAGACUGUGCGUCUCCUCUUGGUCAAUCUGGUCAUCUUCAUCAUCUGCUUUGUGCCCUACAACACUACCCUGGCAGUUUAUGGCAUGAUAAAGGCCCGGGUGAUGAAGGUUGAGAAAGAUACCCAGGCCUCCGUGCGCCAAGCGCUAAUUAUAACGAUGAUGUUGGCCAGCAUGAACUGCACGCUGGACCCCUUGAUCUACUACUUUAGCACCGAGGGUUUCCGGAACACCUUCAAGAAACUGCGGCGGGGACAAGCCUGGGACUCAGAGAUGGGGACACUUAAGCAUCAGAUUGUGGAGAGUAAGUCAACCCGAGACCAUGCGGUCUCCCAAGUAAAACUGUUCCCAUCUGAAAACUUUAUCCGUCCCAAUGAAUCUUCGCCAUCACUUCCUACUGCAGUAUUUCUGAACGGCCCUAUCGAGGACUCGGAAAUUUAAGCCCAGGAAAGCCAUACCACUGCAGAGCCGCCCAUGCAAUAACUACAGCAAGCCUAUGGGAUACAGCAAGCUGUCUGAGGGAGCACGGCAGGCUGUCUGUGGGUGAACGUGAUGAUGCAAAGCUGAAGGGUGAAAGGUUGUUUUGAAUAAACAGAGGUGCCUUAGUGA